AUGGUACGGGCACGUGAAGAGAAGGUGUAUAGAGGCUCCGGUGAGAAAGUGCGAGAGGUUGGCCAUGGUGGGGCUGAGAAGAGUUUAUUGAAAUUCAGUAAAGAUAUGGAUUCUGAGAGUGGGAAUUUCAACUCAGUGUUUUUGUCUAAGCUAGCUAUUAGUGAAGAACAUGGCGAAAAUUCGCCAUAUUUUGAUGGAUGGAAAGCAUACGAUAACGAUCCUUUCCACCUUGUGAAAAAUCCCAAUGGUGUUAUCCAAAUGGGCCUUGCUGAAAAUCAGCUUUCUUUUGACUUGAUAGAAGAGUGGAUUAAGAGAAAUCCAAAAGCUUCCAUUUGCACAACUGAAGGAAUCAAAUCUUUUAGGAACAUUGCUAACUUCCAAGAUUAUCAUGGCUUGCCAGAAUUCAGAAGUGCAAUUGCGAAGUUUAUGGAAAAAACAAGAAGGGGUAGAGUUAAGUUUGAUACAGAGCGUGUAGUAAUGGCUGGUGGAGCUACUGGAGCUAACGAGACUCUUAUAUUUUGUUUGGCUGAUCCAGGCGAUGCAUUUUUAGUCCCCUCGCCUUAUUACCCUGGAUUCAAUAGGGACCUAAGGUGGAGAACUGGGGUACAACUCCUCCCAAUUCCUUGCUAUAGCUCCAACAAUUUCAAGAUUACUACAGAAGCUGUCAAAGAAACAUAUGAAAAAGCCCAACAAUCAAAUAUCAAAGUCAAAGGCUUAAUCUUAACCAAUCCUUCAAAUCCAUUAGGCACAACUUUAGACAAAGACACACUAAAAAACCUCUUAACAUUCACAAACAAACACAACAUCCACUUAGUUUGCGACGAAAUCUACGCAGCCACUGUCUUUGAUUCUCCAGAAUUCGUCAGCAUUGCUGAAAUUAUCAACGACGAAAUGGAUAAAAUGGAUGAAUGUAUUAAUAAAGAUUUGGUUCAUAUAGUGUAUAGUCUUUCAAAAGACAUGGGAUUUCCAGGAUUCAGAGUUGGAAUUAUCUAUUCUUUCAACAAUGAUGUGGUAAGUUGUGCUAGAAAAAUGUCGAGUUUUAGUCUUGUUACAACUCAGACACAACAUUUACUAGCUACUAUGUUGUCUGACGAUGAAUUCGUCGACAAAUUUCUCGUUGAAAGUUCAAAGAGGUUGCGAAAAAGGCACAAAAAAUUCACAACAGGACUUGAAGAAGUUGGAAUAAAUUGCUUAAAAGGAAAUGCUGGACUUUACUGUUGGAUGGAUUUAAGGCCACUGUUGAAAAAACCAACAUUUGAUUCUGAAAUGAUAUUAUGGAAAUUGAUUAUAAAUGAUGUGAAGCUUAAUGUUUCACCUGGAUCUUCUUUUAACUGUCCUGAACCAGGUUGGUUUCGGGUUUGUUUCGCAAAUAUUGAUGAUCAAACGGUGGAGAUUGCACUUGGAAGAAUUCAAAUGUUAGUGGAAAAUGGAGCAAAGAACAAGCAGCAAUGGAAAAGGAACAAUCUACGGCUAAGUUUCUCGAAUAGAAAGUACGAUGAAAAUGUAAUGUCGUCAAGAAUGAAUAUGAAUAUGAUGUCUCCUCAUUCCCCUAUUAAUAUUCCUAAGUCACCACUUGUUCGAGCUAGGACUUAG